AAAGCGCAGGCAUGUGGCACCUUUGCGUCAGAGCGGCUCGGUUCACGCACGGCACGGCUCGGCACGGGACUCAGCGCGUCUGGACUUUACCUGGAGUUUACGGGAUUUCGCCGCGACUUGAAGAUCCGUCUAAAGAUGCCAAACUGGGGCGGAGGAAACAAGUGCGCCUCCUGCAGGGGGACGGUGUAUCACGCCGAGGAGGUCCAGUGUGACGGGCUCAGCUUCCACAAGUGCUGCUUCCUCUGCAUGGUCUGCAGGAAAGGUCUGGACAGCACCACGUUGGCGAUUCACGACCAGGAAAUCUACUGCAAGUCCUGCUACGGCAAGAAGUACGGUCCGAAAGGCUACGGCUACGGUCAGGGCGCCGGGACGCUCAACAUGGACCGAGGAGAGAGACUGGGCAUCAGACAGCCUCAGACUCAGACUCACAGACCGACCACGAACCCAAACCCGUCUAAAUUCGCCCAGAAGUUCGGAGGAUCAGAAAAAUGCUCUCGAUGUGGCGACUCUGUGUACGCAGCAGAGAGGAUCAUGGGAGCGGGGAAGCCCUGGCAUAAAAACUGCUUCCGUUGCGCUAAAUGUGGGAAGAGCCUGGAGUCCACCACGCAGACGGAGAAGGAUGGAGAGAUCUACUGCAAAGCCUGCUACGCCAAGAACUUCGGCCCCAAAGGAUUCGGGUACGGCCAAGGCGCCGGGGCUCUGGUCCACGCUCAGUGAUCCGCCUCCGCCUCCGUCACGCGCCGCAGAAAUAAAUCUAUAUAUAUUUUAUUUACAUUUCAAUCAAACCUGUUUUGUUAAAAGUUCUAUAUUUCUGAUUUAAAAAACGUACCUGGAGUUGUUUUGUAGUGGAAGAAGUGUUCGUUUUGUUGCUUAAAGGUGCACGGUGUAACUUUUCUGGCGGUUUUAGAGCUCGAAAAUACGUAGAAAAACAGGCAAACUGAGAAUUUUUCUGAUGUGGUCGAGGUUUUAAAACGUGUAUCGGGUUAUUUGUCUUGUUUUCAGAUUUAUUUAUAACUUGUCGAUAAAAUGAUCUGGCUGCACGGACAGAGAAUUUCACAAAUUUUAAGUCAUUUUCUGAUAGAUUUAAAUGUUUAGAUCUUAAUUUUUUUGAUUCAGGUUUAGAGCUGAUUUAGUCCUGGUUUAGUCCUGAUUUAGUCCUGGUUUAGUCCUGAUUUAGUCCUGUUUUAGUCCUGGUUUAGAUCUGGUUUAGUCCUGUUUUAGUCCUGGUUUGGAACUGAUUUAGUCCUGGUUUAGAACUGAUCUAGUCCUGUUUUAGUCCUGGUUUAGAUCUGGUUUAGUCCUGGUUUAGUCCUGUUUUAGUCCUGGUUUAGAUCUGGUUUAGUCCUGGUUUAGUCCUGGUUUAGUCCUGAUUUAGUCCUGGUUUAGUCCUGAUUUAGUCCUGGUUUGGAACUGAUUUAGUCCUGGUUUAGAACUGAUCUAGUCCUGUUUUAGUCCUGGUUUAGUCCUGGUUUAGUCCCGGUUUAGUCCUCGUUUAGUCCCGGUUUAGUCCUGGUUUAGUCCCGGUUUAAUCCUGAUUUAGACCUGAUUUAGUCCUGGUUUAAUCCUGAUUUAGUCCUGGUUUAGUCCUGAUUUAGUCCUGGUUUAGAACUGAUCUAGUCCUGUUUUAGUCCUGGUUUAGUCCCGGUUUAGUCCUGAUUUAGACCUGAUUUAGUCCUGGUUUAGAUCUCAUUUAGUCCUGAUUUAGUCCUGGUUUAGAUCUCAUUUAGUCCUGGUUUAGUCCUGGUUUAGUCCCGGUUUAGUCCUCGUUUAGUCCCGGUUUAGUCCUGGUUUAGUCCCGGUUUAAUCCUGAUUUAGACCUGAUUUAGUCCUGGUUUAAUCCUGAUUUAGU